AUGAAGGCUCUAGUGAAGUUGUAUAAUUUGAAAGCAAAAUACCAAGUAUCGGAUGCUUGCUUCUCUGAACUUCUACUACUGGUUGGGUCUAUGCUUCCGGAAGGCAACAAUUUUCCUUCUUCAUUCAGCGAGGCUAAGAAAAGCUUGUGUGCUCUUGGAAUGGAGUAUGAAAAAAUUCAUGUGUGUCCGAAUGAUUGUUUAUUAUACCGAGGGGAAAGAGAUGAAGAUGAGGCAAGUUGUCGUAUAUGUCAAGCAUCUAGAUGGAAGUUGAACAAAAAAGGAGAAGAAUUGGAAGGGGUUCCGGCAAAGGUUCUAUGGAAGUACAUCAUGCUAUGUUUAUUGAUAUCCGGACCAAAGGAACCCGGCAAUGAUAUCGAUGUGUUCCUUCAACCGCUUAUUGAAGAUUUACAAAAGUUAUGGACCGGAAAACAAGUUUAUGACGCAUACAAGAGGGAGUAUUUUUUGCUGCGAGGCAUCUUAUUAUGGACAAUUAGUGACAAUCCAGCCUAUGGUAACUUGUCGGGGAACAUUGUAAAAGGGUAUAAUGCAUGUCCUGUUUGUGUUGAUGGAACAAAAGCAACGAGGCUGUCUAAUUACCGUAAGUGCGUGGUCAUGAGGCAUCGGAGGUGGUUCCCCCGUGCACAUCCAUAUCGAAGGAAGAAAGAAGAUUUUGAUAACACAGUGGAAAAGGAAACUGCCCCAAUUCCAUUAACCGGGGAGGAGGUGCUUGAGAGAACAAAACAUUUAAGGAGUCAUGUCUUUGGUAAAACACAACGCCAGCCUCGAUUCAAAAAAGGUGAUGUUCGACCUAUUUUUAAGAAGGUUUCUAUAUUUUUUGAACUUGAGUAUUGGAAGUAUUUGCCGGUUAGACAUGUUCUCGAUGUGAUGCACAUCGAGAAAAACAUUUGCGAAGCAUUACUUGGGACUAUGCUUAAUAUACCCAAGAAGACAAAAGACAAGGAAUCUGUCCGGCUAGACAUGGCUGAAAUGGGAAUAAGAACGGAGCUAAGGCCAAAAAAUCCUGGGAGAAAGGAGAAGUUACCUUUGGCAUCUUGGAAUUUAACUCAUUCAGAAAAAAAAGUAGUUUGCUCGUCAUUUCUUGGCAUGAAGUUGCCUGAUGGCUUCUGUUGA